AUGGCUUCUGCUUCUGACGACUCAUCGAAAACGAAAAAUUCUGAUAAAAAGUCAGAUAAUUUAUUAGCUAAACGCUUUAUUGGAUUAGAAAAAAAUAUUUGGAUUGAAUUUAGUGCAUUGGCCAUUGCACAUAAAGCUGUAAAUGUAGGCCAAGGUUUUAUUGAUUAUGCACCACCAUCUUAUUUUAUUGAUUUGUAUAAAGAAACUCUUGAUGAUCCUAAUAUACUUUUACAUCAAUACACACGUGGAUAUGUAAAAUUA